AUGUCUUCCUUAGUGGCUUAUGCUUCGAGCGAAGACAGCGAUAGCGAGGAUGGCGAAGUUGAAGAAAGGAAUGAUUUGUCUUUAAGCAAUCAGACAAAAGAAAAACCUCCAGAGAAAGAUAUUAACGUGACGAUAACCGAACCUGUUCUCCGGAAUAAAUCGGAAAUCUCCGCCACAUCAAAUAACCGUAGCACAAACGAAAAAACUACAAAUGUUGGCGAUCAUUCCGAUCAGAAAUCAGAAGAAAGCAACAUGUUUCGAGUUUUACCAACACCAUCCACAAAGUCUGCUUCUUCUGAAAUUGUACCUGAAGAUGAUCUGGAAGAUUUGGUCAAACCUAAGAAAUCCCAGAUGACCACAUUGCCGAAACCAUUGCCACUGUUUAAUAGACAACGUGUUCAAAUCACGAUUCCAACUUUGGAUUCUGAUUCAGAUGAAGAAGAAAUAGUAACUAAAAAGAAACCAAAACUUUCUGGAAGUGGUAAUCUUCUUGAGAUGUUGCCGCCUCCUAAACAUAUGUCUGUAAAACAAGCGAACAGGACCUUAAUCCCUCAUACAUUGAGCAAGAAGCCCUCAACAUUGAACAAAAUGAACACUCCUAAAGUUCAAAAUGUUGCUAGCAAAAAGUCUCCUGCUACGGCUGCUGCCAAAAUGUUGACUGACUACAACAGUGAUGAUGAGGAUGAAGACAUUGCAAAUGGUUCUAAUUUCUUUUCUCUGGAUACAGGCAAAAAGACUCAAGAAGUAACAUAUUCUACUCCUUCUCCACAAGUGAUAAAUAGAAAAUAUGACAACUAUUCAGUUCCUCCCCCUCCCCCUUUAAAUGUUUCAACUCCAGAAUCUUUUGCUCAGGACAGCCAUGUAGACAGUAGCCAGCAAGCCACACAAAUGCAGGUUUAUCCUCAAUAUGAAAUGCAGUCUGUAGAUCCUUCAUACCAGCAAAAUUUCUUUGAGCCGCAGCCUUCCUCUUCAGAUCGUAACUUAUCUACUAUGGAGGAUCUUUUACAAGAUGAACAGUUUUUACGUUUACAAGGUAAAAGCAAACGUGGAAAAGAACAGAUUCAAAUCAUGGAUGUAAACACAGAUGACUUCAUUGACACGUCGGAACUUACAAAAACUCUUACUCAAGAAAUGCCCAAACAUUCUCAUAAAAAGAAGAAAGACGCUCCAAGCAAGCAGUCAAGAAGCAAGCAUCAAAUCACUUACUUAGCUUAUCAGGCCAAAGAGAGAGAACUUGAGCUGAAAAACCAAUGGUCACAAAAUAAAUUAACAAAGAGGCAAACACAAGCGAAAUAUGGUUUUUAA